AUGCCUCGAGCGCCGCGCGCGCGCCAACUGCUAGUUUGCCCGCUACUAAGACCGCGCGUGAAUUUCAUUAAAAACUGUGCCGAUGGCUCCUGUAAUACACCCACCGUGCACUCCUUCAGCGUCAUGCGCACCAGUGCGUUGCCACCCCACACCGCCACCAUGUCAAAAUCCAGAAAAAUGUCUGAAGAAAACUACUUCCAAAGGCAUGAAGCCCUGCCGGAGCGCAGUCUCCAUAAUGGCAACAAGCCGGACAAGUGCUACAAGAAAUGUAUCAAGCGGAAAAGCAAAUGCCCCAGCGCCACAGAAACAGUCAGCAGAGCUGGUUUGCCAUGCGACUGCGCUAGGCUUCAGUCCAAAGAGUCGAGACUCAGUAAAAAGCGGUCGCACAGAACCCACAAAAAACGGAUCCGUAAAGCAUAUAAGACAAGAAAACGUGACGCUUUUAUAAGAUGGGAGAGCGCGCGCGGCGUACGGGCGGGCGCGCGGCGUCGGGUGACACGCGUUGCGCCGCACUCGCGGCCACCAGCGGCUUGCCUGUUGUCCAGAUGCACGCGCGGGAAGCGGGUGUCGUGCAAGGCGGCG